UGUGGUGAAAGUUCCGGUUAAAGCGACACCCGGUGUGUUUCAUCAGCGGGACUCAGAGAUGAGAACAACCGCGGCGCUUUUUCACGGUGUUAAACUGCGGCGCGGUGUUUAUCUGGGACUUGUUUCAGGAUGCCCCUUGAUUAGAUCCCACCAUGGCAGAUCCAGAUCUUGAUUUCACCAGUGGAGAUGCCGGGGCGUCUGUGACCUACCCACAGCAGUGCAGCGCCCUGCGCAAGAACGGCUUCGUGGUCCUGAAGGGUCGUCCCUGCAAAAUCGUUGAGAUGUCUACUUCCAAGACCGGAAAGCACGGCCAUGCUAAGGUUCACCUGGUUGGGAUCGACAUUUUCACUAAUAAGAAGUAUGAAGAUAUUUGUCCCUCCACCCACAACAUGGACGUGCCGAACAUAAAGAGAAACGACUUCCAGCUUGUGGACAUCAAUGAGGGGUUUCUGUCUCUCAUGAUGGACAACGGUGAUGUGCGUGAGGACCUCCGUGUUCCUGAGGGUGACCUGGGCAAGGAAAUUGAAACAAAACACAGUGCUGGUGAAGAUAUGAUGAUUACGGUGCUCUCAGCGAUGGGUGAAGAGGCUGCAGUCGGCAUCAAGGCCUUUACCAAAUAGGAAGAGCAGGCGAGAGAGCGCGCGAUAGAGAGAGAGAGAGAGACUGGGCUGCUCAGGCUGCAACAUGCACCACAUUAUCUCCUGCUUUUGUUUCUUCAAAGCUCUGGCCUUCAAACACGACCUCACAACUCCUUACGCACUCUGGGGUGUUUUUUUUUUUUUUUUUUAUUUUUUUAUUUAAUCCUCCUUCCAGUGUCUCUGCUGGAAUUUUUAACAACUUGAUUUGUGUAGGUUGUUUCUUUUUUUUUUUUUUUUUUUUUUUGGCAUUCUGUCAGAUCCAAUAUUUUUAGGUUCAUUUUAUUCAAUGUAUUAUUUUUUUCAUUCCACUCUGUCCCGACUUUAUGGUGUUGGUUUGGCCGUGUACAUUCCUGAAAGUUCAGCUGGGAUUGUUUUAGGAUGAGAUUAAACACUGAUGUGAUUAAACACACAACAGUUUGUAGAAUUUGAUGCCUUUCAGUGGAAUUUAUGUGCUACACAUUUUAAAGAUGUGAAGGAAACAAAUGGCUCUUACUGACACACACACACACACACACACCCCAUUUCCCCCACACUGCCUUAAGGGUGCCAUACUUUUUCUUUUCUUUUUUUUUUUUAAAAUAUAUUGGUUGGUUCUGUAUCUGCACUAAAGGUCAGUUCUCUCAGUUGAUGCCUUUUACCCAAAGUGAGAUGAGUGUCCUGGUGGUUUAGCACUUUGUAGUACUUUGAGUACUACUGUAAACACUUUUUUUGUUUUUUGUUUGUUUCCCCACUAAGAAUUUUAUUUAUUUUAUUUUAUUUUUUUUUUUUUAAGUAAAAUCACUAAGACAGAAUAACAUUUCUGUGGAAUUUCUAAGCGCCGGUCUCCAUUGUGACAGACAGGAGGAUGUGAUGGCCAUGUGCGAGUACCUCUGUAACGCAAUAGCAGCCUGCUUCUGGCUGUCAGACAACUUUAAAUAAAGUGUUGAAGCCUG